AUGUGGCCCCUAGUGGCUGCCAUCUCUUGCCUGACCGUGGCCUUGUCCGGAGGGAUCUCCCGGGACUAUCCCAAGAUUCUCAAUGGGACCAACGGGACCAACGGUUUUCUCCCAGGUGGCUAUACCUGCCUGCCCCACUCUCAGCCUUGGCAGGCAGCUCUGUUGGUCCAUGGACGACUUCUCUGUGGAGGCGUUCUGGUUCACCCCAAAUGGAUACUCACGGCGGCCCACUGCAGAAAAGAAGGGUACACCGUUCAUCUGGGCAAGCAUGCCCUGGGGCGUGCGGAGAAUGGCGAGCAGGCAAUGGAGGUGGUCCGCUCCAUCCCCCAUCCUCAAUACCAGGUCUCCCCCACCCACCUGAACCACGACCAUGAUAUCAUGCUUCUGGAGCUGAAGUCCCCGGUCCAGCUCAGCAGCCACAUCCGGCCUCUGCCACUCUCCCCAGAUGACUGCCUGCCCACCGGCACCUGCUGUCGAGUUUCCGGCUGGGGCACCACCACCAGCCCCCAGGUGAACUACCCCAAAACCCUGCAGUGUGCCAACAUUGAACUGCGCUCAGACGAGGAGUGCCGGCAGGUGUACCCCGGGAAGAUCACUGCCAACAUGCUCUGUGCUGGUACCAAAGAAGGUGGAAAGGACUCCUGUGAAGGUGACUCCGGGGGCCCACUGGUUUGCAAUGGCAAACUCUACGGCAUCAUUUCAUGGGGGGAUUUUCCAUGCGGACAGCCCAACCGACCUGGCGUUUAUACACGAGUCUCAAAAUACCGGCGUUGGAUCUGGACGAUCAUCAGAAACACUCCGGAGCAGAGACGGACUGAGGGCAUACAAUAA